AUGGAAAAUCCCAAUUCUAGAUCACUCUCCCUCAUCCACUCAAUAUCCCCUUACCCAACUCAAUCCAAUCCCAUCACCGAUUUCAAUUCGUUCUUCACCCAUAUCAACACCGUUAUCCUGUCAUCGCCAUCACCACGACAACCGUCAACCAAUCUCAAAUUCGCAUCAACAUCAAUCUCAUUAGAAACCUCACAAUCUCAAUUCGAUAAACCCCAAUCUCUAAACUGGCUCAAACCCACCACUCGAGGCUCACCCCAGUCUAUCGCUCUGUUCAAGACCCUUUCAGUUUUCGAACGCGCCCUCAUCGGCGCCGGUGCCGGCGGAAUCGCCGGCGCAUUCACGUACGUGUGUCUCCACCCACUCGACACCAUCAAAACAAAACUACAAACCAAAGGUGCAUCUAAGAUUUACGACAACACCCUCGAUGCCGUCGUCAAGACCUUUCAAAGCAAGGGAAUUCUAGGGUUUUAUUCAGGCGUUUCCGCUGUUAUUGUCGGGUCAACCGCCUCUUCCGCCAUUUACUUUGGGACCUGUGAAUUCGGUAAAUCGGUGUUGUCGAAAUUGCCGAAUUUCCCAUCUGUUCUAAUCCCUCCAACAGCUGGUGCAAUGGGUAACAUAAUGUCUUCAGCUAUUAUGGUGCCGAAGGAAUUAAUCACUCAACGAAUGCAAGCAGGAGCAAAAGGUAGAUCUUGGGAGGUUUUGUUAAGGAUUUUGGAGAAAGAUGGCGUUUUGGGUUUGUACGCAGGUUACUCAGCGACAUUGCUGAGGAACUUGCCUGCUGGGGUUUUGAGCUAUUCAUCUUUCGAGUACCUAAAAGCUGCAGUUUUGAGGAAGACGAAACAGCCCAAUUUGGAGGCGUUUCAGAGUGUUUGUUGUGGGGCAUUAGCUGGUGCCAUUUCUGCUUCAUUGACAACACCAUUGGAUGUAAUGAAAACCAGGUUGAUGACUCAGAUUCAUUCAGAAAAGAUUUCUUACGGUGUUUCUGAAAUGGUGAAGCAGAUUUUGAAGGAAGAAGGGUGGGUAGGAUUCACAAGAGGAAUGGGACCUAGAGUUGUUCAUAGUGCUUGUUUUUCAGCUUUAGGGUAUUUUGCAUUUGAGACAGCUAGGCUUACGAUUUUGCAUGAGUAUCUUAGGAGAAAGGAGCUUGAUCUUGCUUCUACUGGAGUUGUCACUUCCACCUAA